ACAAUUCGCAACAUACAACAAACUUUUAUAUUGCAACAAAGCGUGCAGUAACCGCUCCACUCACCUUCAUCCUCAUCCUCAACCCCUCCACCAUCAUCCUCAUUCUCAGAUCUCACAAUUCACCAUGUGUUGCGGCAAAAUCUGCAUGAUGUGCACCUGUUUGAUCCUCAUUGUCAUCGCAAUCGGUAUGUUGUUCGGAUUCGGUGUUUUCACCAAAGCCUUUCACAAAGUUAAUAACGAAUUGCAUUAUUCUUAUUCCCCGGCCACUCAACCGGUUGCUCCAGCCGCCGGUAGGCCGUUCUUCACCGUCGCUGCUCCUCCGCCAUUUUGAGGUUUUCUUGUAGUUUGCUCGUGAUGUUCAUUUCGAGCCCUAGGUAUAUGAAUUGUGUUGCGUAUAUAAUUCUUGUUGAAAUGUGAUUGAAUUGGAUUGUUGAAGGUUAAUUGGUUGGUUAUAUAACAUGUUUUUUGUUUUUUGUUU